CUCCAAGUAAACCCAUGGUCUAUGGUCUAUGAUCUUCUCAGACUUCUCUCCAAAAAGUUAAAAAAUGAAGUAAAAGACAAGUCCAACUAAACAUCAAUCAACAGAUCAGAUCCCUUGUGCGAUUAUUCUUUCUCUCCUCCUCCUCCUCUAUGUGCAACAAAGAAAGAAGAUAAACAGUAGAGGGGAGAAGGAAGCAGAUACAGAAUGUCUCAGAAUCUCGCAGAAAACGGCAUCGAUGGGGAUGAUGAGAGGGAAGAAGAGGAGGAAGACUACGAAGAAGAAGCUGAGGAUGAAGACGAGGAGGAGGGGGAGGAAGAGGAGGAGGAAGAAGAAGAAGAGGAGGAGCCGAGGCUCAAGUACCAGAGAAUGGGAGGGAGCAUCCCUUCGCUUCUCUCAAACGAUGCCGCCUCUUGUAUUGCUGUUGCUGAGCGUAUGAUCGCUCUUGGUACCCAUGACGGCACCGUUCAUAUACUUGAUUUUCUGGGCAAUCAGGUUAAGGAAUUCUCUGCUCACACUGCUACCGUCAAUGAUCUUAGCUUUGAUACAGAAGGUGAAUAUGUGGGAAGCUGUUCUGAUGAUGGAAAUGUUGUUAUAAACAGCCUUUUUACAGAUGAAAGAAUGAAGUUUGAGUAUCAUCGCCCAAUGAAGGCUAUUGCUCUGGACCCAGAUUAUUCAAGCAAAUCAUCACAGAGGUUUGUCGCUGGUGGUCUAGCAGGACAUCUUUAUCUAAACACAAAGAAAUGGAUAGGCUUCCGUGACCAGGUUCUACAUUCUGGCGAAGGACCAAUACAUGCUGUGAAGUGGAGGACAAGUCUUAUUGCUUGGGCCAAUGAUGCAGGUGUGAAAGUUUAUGACACAGCCAAUAAUCAGAGAAUUACUUUUAUUGAGCGGCCACGAGGAAGCCCACGUCCUGAGCUGUUGCUUCCUCAUUUAGUUUGGCAGGAUGAUACUCUUUUGGUUAUUGGUUGGGGAACAUCAGUAAAAAUUGCUGCCAUAAGAGCAAAUCAAUAUACAGGAGCCAAUGGGGUACAAAGGCACAUACCAGUAUCCAGUAUGAAGCAUGUGGAUAUUGUGGGAUCUUUUCAAACCAACUAUUUCAUUUCAGGAAUUGCUCCAUAUGGUGAUGCUUUGGUUGUUCUAGCUUUUAUUCCUGAGAAAGAGGAUGGUGAAAAAAACUUUAACAGUACUCUUCCAUCACGCCAGGGAACUGCACAGAGGCCUGAAGUACGCAUAGUCACAUGGAAAAAUGAUGAACUUGCAACAGAUGCUUUACCUGUGUAUGGGUUUGAGCAUUACAAGGCAAAGGAUUAUUCCCUUGCACAUUCUCCUUUCUCAGGUAGCAGUUAUGCAGGUGGUCAGUGGGCUGCUGGAGAUGAACCAUUGUACUACAUUGUCUCCCCUAAGGAUGUAAUUAUCGCAAAGCCUAGGGAUGCUGAAGACCACAUUGCUUGGCUUCUUCAACAUGGAUGGCAUGAAAAAGCAUUGGCUGCAGUUGAAGCAGGACAGGGGCGGACAGAGCUUCUUGAUGAGGUGGGAUCAAGAUAUCUAGAUCAUUUGAUUUUGGAAAGGAAAUAUGCUGAAGCUGCAAUGUUGUGUCCAAAGUUGUUACGUGGAUCUGCUUCUUCAUGGGAGAGGUGGAUUUUCCACUUUGCUCAACUUCGCCAGCUUCCUGUGUUGGUUCCAUACAUCCCAACAGAAAACCCAAGAUUGCGUGAUACUGCUUAUGAGGUGGCACUUGUAGCCCUGGCAACGAAUCCAUCUUUUCACAAGGACCUCUUGGCAACUGUUAAAUCCUGGCCACCAGUAAUAUAUUCUGCAUUGCCUGUGAUAUCAGCAAUAGAACCUCAGCUUAAUACUUCAUCUAUGACUGAGACUCUCAAAGAGGCAUUGGCGGAGUUAUAUGUAAUCAAUGAACAAUAUGAGAAAUCUCUUGCAUUAUAUGCCGAUCUUAUGAAGCCUGAUAUAUUUGACUUCAUCGACAAACAUAAUUUGCAUGAUGCCAUUUCUGACAAGGUUGUCCAACUAAUGUUAGUGGAUUGCAGACGUGCAGUCUCUUUACUGAUCCAACAUAGGGGUUUGAUUACUCCAUCUGAAGUGAUUUCACAACUUUUAGAUACCAGUAAUAAGUGUGAUUCCAGAUACUUCUUACACUUGUAUCUUCAUUCACUGUUCGAAGUUAAUCCACAUGCUGGAAAGGACUUCCAUGAUAUGCAGGUGGAGCUCUAUGCAGAGUAUGAUCCAAAGAUGCUGCUUCCUUUUCUUCGUAGUAGUCAGCACUAUACACUAGAGAAGGCAUAUGAUAUCUGUGUCAAAAGAGAUCUUCUGAGAGAACAGGUUUUUAUCCUUGGAAGGAUGGGGAAUUCAAAACAAGCCCUUGCCAUUAUCAUUAACAAGUUAGAGGACAUAGAAGAGGCAAUAGAGUUUGUGUCAAUGCAGCAUGAUGAUGAACUUUGGGAAGAACUAAUUAAACAGUGUUUUAAUAAGCCUGAGAUGGUGGGUGUUUUGUUGGAGCACACUGUUGGUAAUCUUGACCCACUUUAUAUUGUAAAUAUGGUGCCUAAUGGUUUAAGGAUACCCAGGCUUCGAGAUCGCUUAGUCAAAAUCAUCACAGAUUACAGAACAGAAACUUCUCUUAGACAUGGAUGCAACGAUAUCCUUAAGGCAGACUGUGUUAACCUCUUGGUCAAGUUUUAUAAGGAAGCGCGGCAUGGAGUUUAUUUGGGUAGUGGAGAAGAGGAAGGACGGACAAGCAGGAAUAAAAGUAGAGCUACUGAAGUAGCUGAGAAAACAUCAAGCAUGAAAUCUGUUGAGUUGAAAUCGAAAACAAGGGGUGGUGGAAGGUGUUGCAUGUGCUUUGAUCCCUUCUCUAUCCAGAAUGUCUCAGUUAUAGUAUUCUUUUGCUGUCAUGCAUAUCACCUCUCAUGUCUCAUGGACUCCACAAAUUCUGCUAGUCAUAAGAGUGGGUCCCGAGCCACUCCCAAGGAACCUGCAUCGAAUUAUGAAUAUAAUUAUGAUUAUGACGACGACAGCGAUGAUGACAGCGACGAAACUAACCAGUCUGGUGCAUAUCGGAUGCGUUGUAUUUUAUGUACUACAGCUGCAGGGUGAAUGUGUCGUGUGUUUAUGCGUGUGGGUGUGAAUAGGGUGUUGGUAUAUUUGUGUGUUUUUCUGUGUUCAAUAUUUCAGUAAGUUAUUCUUUAUUUGCAUUUAAUUUUGUUUAUAAAUUGUAAGCCUUGAAGCAUUUCUAUGCAUUAUUUGUCUCAGUUUUUAAAAGGCUUUGGGAACAGGGGUUUUGAGUGUUUAGGAUUUUAGGGCCCCCAUAUUUGGGGACACCAAGGGAGACUUGUACAAACAAAAUGUGUAUAAAUCCCUCUUGUUUCCUCAUUAA